GGUUUCAAAACUCCCCCACCUGAAAAAGGAGAGAAACUUUUAGGUCAAUGGGGACUAUCAAAAGAUUACCAGAGACUGUUCGCAAUACGGUGCGUUCUGGGGUUGUCUUGUUUGAUCUAACUCGGGUUGUGGAGGAGCUCGUUUUUAAUAGCCUCGAUGCUGGUGCAACCAAGGUGUCAGUCUUUGUGGGUGUAGGGACUUCUUUUGUGAAAGUAGUGGAUAAUGGUUGUGGUAUUUCUCGAGAUGGGUUGAUGCUGUUGGGAGAAAGAUAUGCAACAUCAAAACUUCAGCAUUUGGCUGAUAUGGAUGCUGCAAGUAGGACAUUUGGAUAUCGUGGAGAAGCAUUGGCUUCUAUUUCGGACGUUUCAUUGUUAGAAAUUAUGACAAAAGCGUAUGGGAGGCCGAAUGGAUAUUGCAAGGUCAUGAAGGGAUCCAAGUGUUUGUAUCUUGGAAUUGAUGAUGAUAGGAAAGAAGUCGGCACAACAGUUGUUGCUCGUGAUUUAUUUUACAACCAACCAGUUCGGAGGAAAUAUAUGCAAUCCAGCCCAAAGAAGGUCUUGCAUUUGGUCAAAAAAUGUGUAUUCCGGAUUGCCCUUGUGCAUUCCAAGGCUUCAUUCAAAGUUGUUGACAUUGAAAGUGAGGAUGAGCUCCUCAGCACACAUUUUGCUUCUUCUCCACUGUCACUAUUGAGGAGUGGCUUUGGGAUUGAAGAUUCCAGUUUUCUUCAUGAAAUAAGUGCUAAGGAUGGUGUAUUAAGAAUUUCUGGCUACAUAUCCAGUCCUUGUGAUAGUUUCUCCAUGAAGACCUUUCAAUAUGUCUAUAUCAACUCACGAUUCAUAUGCAAAGGUCCUAUUCACAAAUUGGUGAAUAACUUGGCCUCUAAUUUUGACUGUUUGGAUUCAUGGAAGGCAAAUAAUGGAUCCCAAAAAGGAAAGAAAAGUAGGUCUCAAGUAUGUCCAACCUACAUUUUGAAUUUAGGUUGCCCGCAGGCUCUAUAUGAUUUAACCUUUGAACCAUCAAAGACAUAUGUUGUAUUCAAGGACUGGGAACCUGUACUUACCUUGAUUGAGAAGGCUGUUCAGACUGUCUGGAUGAAAGAUAUAGUGUAUGGAGAGUCCUUUAGUCAUGCAGCUGAUAAACUAGGAAAAGAUGAACUGUGGAAGAAACAUGACAACCUCAUAUCAGCUGGAGAGUUUUUUGACGGAGAUGGGGAUGCUGAAUUUGCAUUAGAGACUAGCAGGUUCCCAAUUGAUCAGGCUUCUUUUCGCCUUCCCUCCUCUUUGGAGAAGCUCACCAAAAACAACAGCCAUUUGUAUCAUGGGGAACGUGAAAGAACCACUUUUCGGGAGUUUCAGAUAGAUACUGCAGAACUUGACGAGAAAAAUACAGAGAUGGAAUUUGUUUGUCAGAGUGACUAUUCUUUUCGAUCUUCUGAUGGUUCAUUCACUGAAUGGUUAACUUCAGUUCCCCAGAGGGAGGUUCAGAUAGAUACUGCAGAACUUGAGGAGAAAAAUACGGAGAUGGAAUCUUUUUGUCAAACUGACUAUUCUUUUCAAUCUUCAGAUUCUUUGUUUGCCAGAUGCUUAACCACAGUUCCCCAGAACAUUGACCAGCAUCCUUGGACAGCUGAUAUUUAUUCUUCAUCUAAAGAAGAUUAUUUGUUGGAUAAUAGCUUCUCAGCUUCUGGAAAAUCUAAUACUUGUGUGGAGGAUGAGUUGAUGAGUUUUCAAUUUGGGAAAGAGUACGUUAAAAUUGAACCUGCUGUGAGCAGUGGACUGUCAGAAAAUGCAUUAAAUUUUGAUAGGGAUGAAUUUAGCCAUGAAUUAGAGACAAACAUGAAUAUCAAAAAGCCUUAUCUGUCAAGUUGCUCCUCAGGGAAAGGCCUGCCAUUUGGUGGGGCUUCAUUCGCUGGUGUGGAAGAAUUUGAAUGUCUGAUUGAUAGAUUCAAGUACAAACGCAGGAGGAUUUUGUCUGAUGAAAGAGAUGAUAUCCUGGAAGUUGAUGCAAGUGACCAAGGUUCUGAUUUAUAUUCAAAGAGUUUAUGGCAGGAUGAGGCAUCCUGUGCUCAGCAUGUCCCCAAAGUCAUGAGUAAACGAGACAUACCAACUAGUUUUGAUCUUCUGUCAAGAGUUUCUCCAAAGACAUUUCCAUCUUAUGGCGAGUCUUUUACUGAAGAGACUAGCCUCCUCUCAGAUUCAAACACACGACUGGGGAAAUCAGGCUCAGGUCAUCGGUCCUUAAAUUCUGAAUGGUGCAACAGAAUCUCAGAUCCCUUCUAUCAAGCUGCUUCUUGGGAUGUUGGACAUUUUGACAAUAAAAAUGGUCUUGAAGGAAGCUCCAGAUUGGGUAAAGGGGCUAAUUACGGGCAAUUAGACGAUACUCUAGAAAACUGCAAUUUUGGUUAUGACAUUAGGUUGAAGAGCACCAACCAAGAAAACUGCACCUCUAUUCACACAAGUACUGCAUUGGAUUUUAAGGAUUAUCAUCAGUCUAGCGAAUACUUCUUCAAAUUGCUUCAGGAACAAAAUCUUCCUAAUAGAUUCUCCCCAGAACAUUCUGAUAUGUUAGUUGACGAGACAGACUGGUUACGCACUGUCUCAUAUGGUCAAGAUUUUAGUAAAAAUGAAAACCUAAGGCAUCAGUUUAGAUAUGAUAACCGUAAACCAAAUCCUAUUUCAAAAGAAAGGUCAAGAAGAAGCCGUUCUGCUCCACCUUUUCACAGACAUAAGAGGAGGUUUAUCUCCUUAAGUCAUUGUUCAAAAAUGCAAGCUGGAGAAUCAAAUAUUAACACCUUCCAUUGUGCUCUAACUUCUCCAGAAGCUGGUCUGAUGAAGAAUCUCCAUCGAUCUUCUGGCGAAUGUCAUCCAAACUUAAACUCAAGUUCUGAGGAGGACUUGGAGUUAAGCAUGAGACCAACUAUUUUGAAGAAGCCAGAUACCGUGAUAAACAUGAAGAAAACUCAAAAAGUUGAAAAUUUUAAGCAAUUGCAAUGUUUGCAGGCUCACCAUGCAGCUAAUAUUAAAGACUUUAUCUCUAAGGAAAUUCUGGAUUCAAUAGAUUCUGGGACCAAAUGGCGGAAUAGCUGUCCACAGGCAACAGUUGAGAAUAACAACAGAUCAAGUGAUAUUGACAAUCAAGAUAAUAUCCUUGACAUCUCUUCGGGACUCCUGCAUCUUGCUGGUGAUUCAUUGAUUCCUGAAUCUAUCAGUAAGAAUUGCCUUGAAUAUGCCAAAGUUCUCCAACAGGUGGAUAAGAAAUUCAUCCCAAUAGUGGCUGGUGGAACACUUGCUCUUAUUGAUCAGCAUGCUGCAGAUGAAAGAAUCCGACUGGAAGAACUUCGUAGAAAGGUGUUAUCUGAGGAAGGGAAGACAGUUACCUAUCUAGAUGCUGAACAAGAGCUGGUCCUUCCAGAGAUUGGGUAUCAGUUACUGCAUAACUAUGCUCAACAGAUGAAAGAUUGGGGAUGGAUCUGCAAUAUUCACAAUCAAGGUUCGAGGUCCUUCAAAAAGAAUUUGAAUCUCCUUCAUCAGCGGCCAACUAUUGUGACACUUCUUGCAGUACCUUGUAUUCUAGGUGUCAAUUUAUCUGAUGUAGACCUUUUAGAAUUUCUUCAGCAGCUUGCUGACACAGAUGGAUCAUCAACCGUACCUCCUGCUGUUCUUCGAGUCCUCAAUUCCAAAGCAUGCAGAGGAGCAAUCAUGUUUGGAGAUUCUUUGCUACCUUCAGAAUGUUCACUAAUUGUCGAAGAACUAAAGCAUACCUCUCUGUGUUUCCAAUGUGCUCAUGGGCGACCAACAACAGUCCCGCUUGUCCACUUGGAGGCAUUGCAUAAACAGAUAGCUCAGCUCAGAGUAUUGAAUGAUAAUUCAAGUGAGUCAUGGCAUGGGUUGCAUCGACAUGAAAUGAGUCUUGAACGUGCAAAUCAGCGUUUACGUGCAGCUAGAGGAUAGUGUUCUGUAUAUGUAAUUGAGACAUUCAUUCAAUGUAAAUUCAUUAUCAUUCUUUUUUCCAGUUUAUAGCUUUAUCCUUAUACGAUGAUUCAUCCUGUAAUAACAGAUUUUGUAUGUAAUAAAACAUAAUUUCCUCUCUUCUGUUUCUUGUUAA